ACACUCACAAUGCAAAGCAUGAUGGGGCCAGGGGCGGACUGACCAUUUGGAAACUCGGGCACUGCCCGAGGGCCCGGGGUCAGUAGGGGGCCCCAUGAGAUGCCUCUGGUACCUUUUUCAUAGGCUUUUUUGAGUUUGGGCAAGGACACAGGGGCCCCAUGAUCCCCUAUUGCCCAGGGGACCCAUGUGUUUUCAGUCCGUCCCUGGGUGGAAGACUUCAGGCUGCACCUGGUGGGAAACUGUUUUGCUGUCUUUCCUGUCUAUGUUGGAGGGGGCCCCAUGAGAUGCUCCUGGUACCUUUUUCAUAGACUUUUUUGAGUUUGGGCAAGGACACAGGGGCACCCAUGAUCCCCUAUUGCCCGGGGGCCCCAU